AUGGCUACAAGUGCUGUUCCCAGCGAAAACCUCCCCACGUACAAGCUGGUGGUUGUUGGAGAUGGUGGUGUGGGGAAGAGUGCUCUCACUAUUCAGUUUUUCCAGAAGAUUUUUGUGCCAGACUAUGACCCAACUAUUGAAGACUCCUACCUGAAGCACACAGAAAUAGAUGGGCAGUGGGCAAUUCUUGAUGUUCUGGAUACUGCAGGCCAAGAGGAGUUCAGUGCGAUGCGGGAGCAGUACAUGAGGACUGGAGAUGGUUUCCUUAUCGUCUACUCGGUGACAGACAAGGCCAGCUUCGAGCACGUGGACCGGUUCCACCAGCUGAUCCUCCGAGUCAAGGACAGGGAGUCUUUUCCAAUGAUUUUGGUGGCAAACAAAGUUGAUCUAAUGCACUUACGGAAAAUUACAAGAGAACAGGGGAGAGAAAUGGCAACAAAACAUAACAUUCCCUAUAUAGAAACGAGUGCCAAGGACCCACCUCUGAAUGUGGAUAAGGCCUUCCAUGAUCUUGUGAGGGUAAUAAGGCAACAGAUCCCAGAGAAAAGCCAGAAGAAGAAGAAAAAGGCCAAAUGGCGAGGGGACAGAGCCACGGGCUCCCAUAAACUCCAGUGCGUGAUUUUGUGA